UGUGUGUGUGUGUGUGUGUGUGUGUGUGUGUGUAGUGGGAGAACGGGCCAGGCGAGGGAGCCGGAUAAAGAAAGGAGAGCAGAGGAGAAGGAAAAAAACUGCCGAGAAGAGAGGGGAGCAAGCAACGCUAUUCGACCAACGGAUAGGACAAGGCCAGCCACGGCUGGUCGGACGGGUUGGAGUUUAUUCAAAUAAUGUAUUUUAUUCCGUCGUUUUAUUUGAUCCUGUAGGCUACUAGCUACAAUACUUCUUCCCAGCCGUGCAGGUUUUCCUGGGAAAAGAAGGCAACGAAAACGGACACGUUGGGGAUUUCUGUGGACUAGUAACGUUAGCCGAGCUGUUGUAGGCUAGUGUGGCGCUACUCUUCUUUCUCAUUGUUAGAAAAACACGGAGAUACAUGGUGGUUGGAUUCCAAACUGGUUCGCCUACAUUCCUCGUCGCUUUCCACGAGACAGCGUUUGGAUAUCGGCCGGAUUAUUAAUUUGUCGAACGCAGGAGUAACAUUUGUGACAAGCUCGUCUGCUAAUUGUUGCCAUUUUUCUCCCUGGCAGCGGCAGCUCGGUUCGUUCUCCCUCCCCCUCUUUGUCGUUCGCCAAGCUGACCAUUUUAAAGGCAGCUCUACCUUUCCAGGCUUUAUUUUUUCCCCCGUGGCCUCCUCGCUCCCUCUAUCUGCCUCGACCGUGGAACUACUGUUAGAACCCUGCACCCGUGUUCGACUCGGAAUGCAAAAUAAAUCUAGGCCGGGUUAUGCCAAAGAAAAUAGUGUUUAUUUGUUUACAAAUACUGUGUAGGCCCAGAUCGACCGUUUACUUGCUUUUUUGUUUUACUUGGACAAUUGCAUGUUUACAGCUUGCUUGCUGCUAUUGGUCAUUUGAACGAGCAAUGGCAUUUUGUAGUUAGUUUGAUUUCUUCCUUUGUUUAUUGGCUACUUUUCAUAGUUUAGUUUGUCUUCCUUUGUUUAUUGGCUACUUUGAAACACUCGGUGUUUCGAGUCAGGGACAUUAAACUGUAAAAGGCAACUGGCCUGGGCUACCUCUGGGGAAAAAAUAUACUAUCUUCUCAUCUUCCUCCCCUCAUCGGACAACGGUCACCUUUUCCCUCCCUAGUUUUGUCGCAAAAACGGCGAGAUUUUUCUGAAAGGCAUGGAGGACCAGGCCCGCAUGAUGUCGGGUCUCGUCGGGCUGUCCGGACUGUCUCAGGUCGACGUGGGGGACCAUGACGCCGGGAGGAAGCAGCACUCCCUCGGCCAGCCGCAGCAGGACAUCGGGGAUAUCCUCCAGCAGAUCAUGGCCAUCACGGACGAGAGUCUCGACGAGGCCCAGGCCAGGAAACAUGCGUUAAACUGCCACAGAAUGAAGCCCGCUCUCUUCAGUGUGCUGUGUGAGAUCAAAGAAAAGACAGUCCUUAGUAUCCGUGGCAUCCAGGAUGAGGAUCCACCAGAUCCUCAGAUCAUGCGAUUGGACAACAUGUUGCUGGCAGAGGGCGUGUCCGGCCCGGAGAAGGGCGGGGCCUCGGCGGCGGCAGCAGCUGUGGCGGCGGCGGCCGCAGGCGGGUCCCCUAAUGACGGCAGUAUAGAACACUCAGACUACAGGGCCAAGCUGACUCAGAUCAGAGGAAUAUACCACUCUGAACUGGAGAAAUAUGAACAGGCGUGCAGUGAGUUCACCAACCAUGUGAUGAACCUGCUGAGGGAGCAGAGUCGCACGCGGCCCAUCUCUCCCAAGGAGAUCGAGCGCAUGGUGGGGAUCAUCCACCGCAAGUUCAGCUCCAUCCAGAUGCAGCUCAAACAGAGCACCUGUGAAGCCGUCAUGAUCCUGCGCUCCAGAUUCCUCGACGCCAGACGGAAGAGACGUAACUUCAACAAGCAGGCUACUGAGGUGCUGAAUGAGUACUUCUACUCCCACCUGUCUAACCCCUACCCCAGUGAGGAGGCCAAGGAGGAACUGGCCAAGAAGUGUGCCAUCACCGUCUCUCAGGUGUCUAACUGGUUUGGUAACAAGAGGAUCAGGUACAAGAAGAACAUAGGGAAGUUCCAGGAGGAAGCGAACCUGUAUGCUGUGAAGACAGCUGUAGAUGCAGCCAGCGUCUCCUCACAGGCCAGCCAGGCCAACUCCCCCGCCACGCCCAACUCAGGUGGAUACCCAGCACCGUGCUACACUCCUGACGGGAUGUUAUGAGGAGCUGCCUGGAGGAACUCUGUUUCCUCCCCACUGUCUCCAUGUUGAUAGUGGAUGGCAGGACAACACCGACCCCCCCUCCCUCACCCCCCCUCACGGGGCACCGGGCAGCGUGCACUCGGACACCUCAAACUGAGACACACACUCACCCCAAACGCCCCCCACCCCUCUACCCUUCAAAUUCCACUUCCUCCACCCUCACACAGCCACCCCUCUACCCACCCAAUCCCUCUCCUGUAUCUCAAACUAACCCAUGUCCCAAAUAUGCCCCCCCCCCACAUAUCAGUCGUGAAACAACUGACAACUUCACCCUGCUUUACCUGUACCUGAGCAUCCCCCUCCUCCCCCUCCACAACAUCCUCUCCCUCCCUCCCCCAUCCCUCUCCUCCUCCACUCCCGAUGCAACAUAUCCCCCAAGCUCUUCCCUCCUCUCUCUUCCCCCAUCCCCCCCUCCACUUCCGAUGUAACAUAACCCCCUAGCUCUUCCCUCCUCUCCCUCCCCCAUCCCUCUCUCUCCUCUCCCUCCCUCCCCCAUCCCUCUCUAUCCCUCUCACUCUCCUCCUCUCCCUCCCUCCCCC